AUGUCUGCUAACCGCAACAAAUACGAAAGAGCGCGACGGCGACUCGCAGCUGUUACAUUUUUGUCAAAUAUAUCUCUGGAUGGUACAUUUAAAGACACACAGCCGUGUCAGUUUUUGGAAAAGACACUGAAGAUUAAUAAAUGUGAUACUGAGUUGAGAAAUGGUGAUACUUGUCGUAAUAUAGAGAAAGAUAUUAUAAUACGAAGUAGUGUCCGUAGUCAUAAAAUACCACAAUCUAGUCAAGCAAAUCUUAUGGGAGGUGACAAUAAUUCUUUAAGUUCAGAUUCAGAUCUUGCACCUGCUACCCCUAUAAAGAUAGGGGGAAACUAUUCUUUUAGAGAAAGGUGUCAGUCUGGAAAUGCAGAUUUAUAUAAAGACAAACAUUCAUCAUUCAGAAGCCGAAAAAUACAUCUUCCAUCUUCAAUUAACCAAGAGGAAAAAAGCAGUACAGAGAGUUUGAAUACAGGAAGAUUUAGGACUAGCAAUACAUGUAUACCUGAGAAUCAUUUGCUUGCUAAAGAAGUUAGAGUUGUUCGUCCAUCAAAAGGUGUUACAUUUAGAGAUGAAAGGCUUGCAAUAGCACCAUCCCAGGGUGUUCCUUGUGCUUUAUAUAGUACAAUUCCAUAUUCAAAAACUAUUCGCAAUGCAAGGUCAGACAUUAGGAAAGAUGGUGUUCGUAGACGUAAUACUUCUGGACCCAGACCACUUUCAGCUAUUACAGACAAUGGGAUGGAUCCAUUUGAUCUCCUUGGUCUGGAAAGAGCAGAGAAUGGUCAAGAUGUUUCAUACUCAAAGUUAUUGGUGCCAACUCGUGUAUGUACACGGGAGCAAUAUCGUAAAAUGUAUGAUAGUGACAUGAAUGACAAAACAUCAUGGAAGAUACUGAAUCGCCACCCACAUGUUAUAGCUAGGUGUUUCUCGUACGAAUCUUCUCAACGUAGUACAGCAAUAGCUUCUUCGCCACCGCACUCUACGAUAGAAACCAAAACAUUCGACUGGGACGAAGGAACUUUAAUUUCACCAAAAUUCGUUCAUUACUGUCCAAAUAUAUUAGAUGAUCCCGAGCUGAUCGCUGGUAAGCAUAGAACUCUGCUGACAUUCACUUCGUACAUGACAUCCAUUAUUGACUACGUUCGACCGCAAGAUCUAAAAAAGGAGUUAAACGAUAAGUUUAGAGAGAAAUUCCCACACAUUAAAUUAACGUUAAGCAAACUUAGAAGUAUUAAAAAAGAAAUGCGCAAGAUCGCAAAACAUGAUUGUGGUGGAGUCGACCUAUUGUCGGUAGCGCAGGCGUACGUUUACUUCGAGAAGCUCAUCCUCGCUAAUCUAAUAAACAAAGAUAACAGAAAGUUGUGUGCUGGAGCAUGUUUAUUAUUGUCUGCCAAAUUAAACGACGUCAAAGGAGAAAUGUUGAAAGCUUUAAUAGAGCGUAUAGAAACCACAUUCCGGGUGAAUCGGAAGGAUCUAAUGAAGUUCGAAUUUGCCGUUCUCGUUGCACUGGAGUUCGGUUUGCACGUGCCCCCGUACGAAGUGUUCCCGCACUAUCAGCGUCUUUUACACGACUCGUGA